GCAAGUUGAAUUUUAUAUGAAUGAAAAUACAUUUAAAGAGAGACUGAAGCUCUUCUUCAUCAAAAACCAAAGAUCAAGUCUAAGAAUACGAUUAUUCAAUUUUUCUCUCAAGCUACUAAGCUGUUUCUUAUACAUAAUUCGUGUGCUCCUGGAUGAUCCUACGCAAGGACAUGCAUGUAAGGAAUUGAGCCGGGGUUGUUCCAGUCAAAACUACACACCUGGAAUGAUUGAUUGGUCUCCUAUUAUUUGGGUGAAUCGAAGUUUGCCUUUAUGGGGAUUACAGGUUUCAGUGGCUUUAAUAAGUCUGUUUGAAACAAUGCUGCUGAGUUAUCUAAGCUACAAGGGAAAUAUCUGGGAACAAAUUCUGAGAAUACCUUUCCUCCUGGAAAUAAUUAAUGCUGUCCCUUUCAUCAUCACGAUUUUCUGGCCCGUUCUAAGAAACCUAUUUAUUCCUGUAUUUUUAAACUGCUGGCUGGCAAAGCAUGCUUUGGAGAACAUGAUUAACGAUCUUCACAGAGCCAUUCAACGCACACAGUCUGCAAUGUUUAACCAAGUCCUCAUUUUAAUAUCCACCUUAUUAUGUCUUAUCUUCACUUGUAUUUGUGGAAUUCAGCAUCUGGAACGAGCAGGAAACAAGCUGACUCUCUUUGACUCCCUUUAUUUCUGCAUAGUGACAUUUUCCACUGUGGGCUUUGGGGAUGUUACACCCAAGAUAUGGCCUUCAAAGCUGCUUGUUGUCAUUAUGAUCUGUGUUGCUCUUGUGGUGUUGCCCAUACAGUUUGAACAGCUGGCCUAUUUGUGGAUGGAGAGGCAAAAGUCUGGUGGUAAUUACAGUCGACACAGAGCUCAGACGGAAAAACAUGUUGUGCUGUGUGUCAGCUCUCUGAAGAUUGACUUACUUAUGGAUUUCUUAAAUGAAUUCUAUGCUCACCCCAGAUUGCAGGACUAUUAUGUCGUUAUUUUGUGUCCUACUGAGAUGGAUGCUCAGGUCCGAAGGGUGUUACAGAUCCCAAUGUGGUCCCAAAGAGUUAUCUAUCUACAAGGCUCAGCACUAAAAGAUCAAGACCUGUUGAGAGCAAAAAUGGAUGAUGCUGAAGCUUGUUUCAUUCUGAGUAGCCGCUGUGAGGUGGACAGGACAGCAGCUGAUCAUCAAACCAUUUUAAGAGCAUGGGCAGUUAAAGAUUUUGCUCCAAAUUGUCCUUUGUAUGUCCAAAUAUUGAAACCUGAGAAUAAAUUCCACAUCAAGUUUGCAGAUCAUGUUGUGUGUGAAGAGGAGUUCAAAUAUGCUAUGUUAGCUCUAAACUGUAUAUGUCCAGCUACCUCUACAUUAAUCACACUGCUAGUUCACACAUCGAGGGGACAAACAGCACCAUGGGAAGCUUUUAGACAACUUACUGGAACCAAGCAGACUUUAAACAGGGAGGGUCAGCAAUCACCAGAACAAUGGCAGAAAAUGUAUGGCAGAUGCUCUGGUAAUGAAGUGUAUCAUAUUAACCUGGAAGAAAGUACAUUUUUUGCUGAGUACGAGGGGAAAAGUUUCACAUAUGCUUCUUUCCAUGCGCAUAAAAAGUUUGGAGUCUGCCUGAUUGGUGUUAGAAAGGAAGAUAACAAAAACAUUUUGCUGAAUCCAGGUCCUCGAUACAUCAUGAGUUCUACAGAUAUAUGCUUUUACAUAAAUAUCACUAAAGAAGAGAAUUCUGCUUUUAAGCAGCAAGAAAAGCACAGAAACAAACACGAAUCAAAAUUAUCUUACCAUGGAACUUCUAGGUUGCCAGUACACAGUAUAAUAGCUAGCAUGGGGACGGUGGCUAUCGAUUUACAAGAUACAGGAUGUCGAACCUCGAGCAGACCUACACUAGCUCUUCCUUCUGAGGGAGGUAAAGAGGGCAGACGGCCCAGUAUAGCACCUGUUUUGGAGGUUGCAGACUCAUCCUCACUUCAGACAUGUGACCUGCUAAGUGACCAGUCAGAAGAUGAAACUACCCCAUCAGAUGAUGAAGUUUCUGAAGGCUUAGAGUAUGCCAAAGGAUAUCCUCCUUACUCUCCUUAUAUUGGAAGUUCUCCCACAUUUUGCCAUCUUCUGCAUGAAAAAGUGCCCUUCUGUUGUCUAAGGCUAGAUAAGGGGUGCCAACAUAAUUACUAUGAAGAUGCCAAAGCCUAUGGAUUCAAAAAUAAAUUGAUUAUAGUUGCAGCAGAAACUGCUGGAAAUGGUUUAUAUAAUUUUAUCGUUCCACUUAGAGCUUAUUACCGACCAAAGAAAGAACUAAAUCCCAUUGUAUUACUCCUGGAUAACCCGCCAGAUAUGCAUUUUCUGGAUGCAAUCUGUUGGUUUCCAAUGGUUUACUACAUGGUGGGCUCUAUCGACAACCUAGAUGACUUACUAAGAUGUGGGGUCACCUUUGCAGCUAAUAUGGUGGUGGUGGACAAAGAAAGUACAAUGAGCGCUGAGGAAGACUACAUGGCAGAUGCUAAGACUAUUGUAAAUGUUCAAACACUCUUCAGGUUGUUCUCAAGCCUAAGCAUUUUCAGAGAACUAACUCACCCAGCCAAUAUGAGAUUCAUGCAGUUCAGAGCCAAAGACUGCUACUCUCUUGCUCUAUCCAAACUGGAAAAGAAAGAACGGGAAAAGGGGUCUAAUCUGGCAUUUAUGUUUCGACUACCCUUUGCUGCUGGCAGGGUUUUCAGCAUCAGUAUGUUGGACACGCUGCUUUAUCAGUCAUUUGUGAAAGAUUAUAUGAUCUCUAUCACACGACUACUGCUGGGACUUGAUACCACACCAGGAUCUGGGUUUCUUUGUUCUAUGAAAAUAACAGAAGAGGACCUAUGGAUUAGGACAUACGCCAGACUGUAUCAGAAACUUUGUUCUUCUACGGGAGAUAUUCCAAUUGGAGUCUACAGAACAGAAUCCCAAAAACUUACAACAUCUGAGUCUCAAAUCUCUAUCAGUGUGGAAGAAUGGGAAGACACCAAAGAACAAAUUAAUUAUCGCAGUAAUCAUCGUAACUCAACAUCUAGCGACCAGUCGGAUCACCCUUUGUUACGACGAAAAAGCAUGCAGUGGGCCCGACGGCUGAGCAGAAAAGUCCCAAGACACUUUGGUAAAACAGCAGAGAAGAUAAGUCAGCAGCGAAUGAACCUUUACAGGAGGUCAGAAAGGCAGGAACUCGCUGAACUUGUGAAAAACAGAAUGAAGCACCUGGGCCUUUCUCCAGCAGGAUAUGAUGAAAUGAAUGAUCAUCAGAACACCCUCUCGUACAUCCUGAUCAAUCCUUCUCCAGAUACAAGAUUAGAGCUGAAUGUCAUAGUAUACUUGAUCCGACCUGAUCCAUUGGCUUACGUUCCAAAUACUGCACCUAGACGAAAAGACAGCUUCUGCAAUACAGUGGGACAAGACACCAGGGAAGAAACACAACUUUGAUAUGUAACUCAUCACAAAAUUAAGAGACAGUUUUAUACAUGUUAUUUUCAGUAAUCAUUUUGAAAACUAUUCCGAGUGGUAAUUUCAUUCAGACUUGGGAACCAGAGAAAGCAACAGUGGUAAGUGACCAACUUUAGAAACUUGGUCUCUAGGAACUCUGAUAUUAAGGAGCUGUCAGACUUGUAGCCUGCUCAAUAUGGUAAACAAAGUUACUGUAAGAGAAUUCUGAAAUUAUUUGUUCAUACUGGUUAAACAACAAUAGUUUUCAUAAGUGACAGAUUCCAUCAUAAGUUCACUUAGAAGCUAAGUAUAUUUAUCAGUGACAACACGUCAGUGACUAAGCUCCUAACCUACAUCCUGAAACCACCUGAUGCCUGUAGAAAGGCCAUGCAGAACUUGGAGUAGUAAAUAUUAGGUUAAUAUCUAAACAUGCCAAUGAGGCUUUGUGCAUCAAAAAUCCAGCCUUUCAGAUAAUUUUCAAGCUUAGCUUGUCAUCCAUUUAUAUUAGAACAAUCUAGUAUCAGUCUCAUUAUAGCCUCUGGGACUGGGGUGCUAGUUCUGUGGACACAGAUCAGGCUGCACGACACAGCCUACUGUAAAGUUUCUGAUCUGAGGCACAUCCACCUCAGAAAAAGUAGCUCAGAGGAGCCCAUCUGGAGGAAAUUUCCCAUCAUCUCAUACAGGCAUUUCAAAUGGCAGUAGUUUGUAGAGCAACAGAAGCAGGACUUCCUUUUGUAGGAAUUAUAUAAAGGCAGCCCUUCCACAUAUGUAGAAACUCAUAACGUACCAUCUACAUGAAGCUAAAAACAAUGAUAGCUCAGAUGAAAUAUAACCUUUUUAAUAAAAUCUGAGUGAUGUGUCAAUGAGAAACCUGUACAGUUUAGGAAAGAGAAGUCAGAAUCCCUCUAGGAAACAUUUCAUACCACAGAUCCUUCCCAUCUCCAUCAAGAUGCCAGAACUGCUACUGUCCAACAAUGUAUCUGUUAUUCAGAUUACCACAAAUGUGAUACAUUUCCAUAUAAAGUUAGGCAUCCUUUUGAAAACUAAAGAAAUUUACUGCGCAUUCCAUAAAAUGGAUGGAAUACUAAGUUGCAAGAAAAGGCACAGUUGAUUAAAUUGCUCAGCUUUGGCAUUUAACACUCAAGUAUGUCAAACAUCUGAAGCUGCCACAAAAUCUCCAGUCGACAGAUACCAGAAUGCCAAAAGUUUUGGUCAAAGCUUCUACAUAAUAAGCAUGCCUGUACAUGGUCUUCCAAAAUGACAUUCUUCCUCUGCCAUCUGUUACAGAAAGGGGAAAGCACACUUAAGAUAAAAGCCCUACUGUUGUAACGAUCUAUAUAUACACACCUUUUCCAAGAAAUUUGGCAACCAGUCUACAGUGGCAAAGUUGGUUUCUUUGAACUCCUUUGAUGUCCUACACGUGAAAAAAUUGAGCCUAAAAAUCAUUCCAUUCUAUUUGGAAAAGCAACUACAUGGUUGUUUUUGUUCCAAAAUAUAAAAUGCCAAGUUGCCCAAUGAAUCACUCGUGGAUGUGAGUAUGCUUAUCAGCAUUAUAAGGAUGUUGAAACUAAGUCACAUUCACAUUAGGAACAGCCUCUAGUCUGGUAUUAUUCUCUCUUCUUCCCAAUUCUUUUAAAAUCUAACUAGUUUUUGUUUCAUAUUAAGUCAGAAAUCCUAAAGCCAUAAUUAUUAAAACAAAACAAACAAUCCCACAGCAUUCUCAGAGUGGACUGAAGUCAUCAUGGUAUGGCCAUCAAAAGAGUAAGAAUUGAAGUCUGGAGAAGAAAAAAAAGGUAGCUGGAAAGCAUGGUUUCUCAGCAGUUUUUUGUAUCAACACAUUAAAGCAGUACCAGGUUUCAGAAUUUCAGAAUGGUUUCAGUGGCUCUGCUUAGAGCCCAUUAUUGUUCAGUGUGGUGUGGUGUUUUUUUUUGUGCACACUAGUCAUUUAGUUUAGUUAUUCACAGCUGAAGAUGAAAUAUUUCAAAUAUGUGCCCUCAGGGCACUGCAGUGGGG